GCAGCACACACAAGAGAUGGUUGCAUCCUGAAGGUGAGAAAGGGCCACCAGAUGAAACCAAGUAUUUGCCUCCAAAAAAUGCACCAGAGAGAGGCGCUAAUGGGUUUGAUCCACAGGCAGAGGAUGGGUCCCUUCAAGAAGCGCUGGCUUACCUAAUGGGGCAAUUUGACGACAAAGACGGGACGCUGAAGCAGGCGCUGGGUGGAC